GCCACGUGGACCACUGGGCUUCACUAAUCCCAGAUACCAUUUUUCUGCGGGGGCAAUAUUUGGAGACAGCAGACACAAAAGAGUUGGUCGUUAUUCGAAGCAGAGGAAGAAAGAGAGCUUAGCAAGCAGCUGUAACCAUUGGAGAAAUGGCAGCCUCAAUGAUGUCCGCAGUGAGCCUGAAGCCGGCCCCCUUCACGGUGGAGAGAUCGGCAGCGAGGGGACUGCCUUCGCUCGCACGGACAUCGACCCUCAAGGUCCAGGCCAGCGGUGGCAAGAAGAUCAAGACCGACAAACCUUACGGAAUCAAUGGAGGCAUGAGCCUCAGGGAUGGCCAGGACGCAUCCGGCAGGAAGUCCAAAGGAAAGGGUGUGUACCAAUUCGUUGACAAGUACGGUGCUAAUGUCGAUGGUUACAGUCCCAUCUUCAACACUGAUGAUUGGUCCCCGAGCGGUGAUGUUUAUGUUGGUGGAACAACCGGGUUGGCCAUUUGGGCAGUUACCCUGCUGGGUAUACUCGCCGGAGGAGCUCUUCUUGUCUACAACACCAGUGCCUUGUCUCAGUAGAAGAAGAUAUUAAUGCCUCGUCCCCUUCUUUAGUUCCCUCCUAAGUCCUCGUGUUCAAAACAAGACCUCUCUCUGUAAAACACUCGAAUUUCAUGAAAUUAUGCAUAAGAUUCCUAUGUUACGUAUA